AGCCUCCUGCGUUCCUCCGCACCUCACUUUAAUGCUGACUGGAGUCCUGGGCCGGGAAGCAGCAGCUGUGUGUGAGUGAGUAGAGCUGUAGAAUAACACUGAUUCGGCUAAGGGAGAUGUUAACUUUAUUUAGAAAUUAGAAGGGUCUGGAAAUAUUAUUCUAUAUAGGUGAUUUUGUCUGAAUAGUGGUCAAUUAAUUUCCAUAGUAGUCUAUUGUUUAAUUAUUGUGGUGUGGUAUAAUGUGUAUGUUGUUAUCAGUAAAUCUCAUUGUCAAUAUAGAGUAACACAACUAUAAAGAUAUAACUUGGAAGCUUUGUGACAGUUAUCAUUUUAUCAUUUUUGUGACUUAUAUUUACUUUAAAUGGUAAUUUACAGAGCACCAAGUUGUGGUGCUACUAUCAUUCAUUUUUGACUCAAAGAGAGUCAAUUUUCUACUUUUUUUUUAACAUAGAGUAAGCAAAUGUGUAUAGGUUUUGAAUAUCUUUUGUGAAUUGUAGAUGUCUUUUCAUGCAUCAGAAUGCCUGUCUAGGUGCUUAGCACAUCUGACUCAUAAUUAGUAGAUACAUAGAUAUACGUAAAAGGAAAUAGGAAACCUCACACACAGUCAUGCUCCAGUUUUGGCUCAUUCUGGCAGCUCUUAUUGAGUGUCCACCCUGUCAUGCCCAGAAUAUGGACUCUGCUCCCCUCAUUAUCCAAUAUCAUGUCUGGGAAGAACAGCCCUCAGGGACGAGGGUGGGUCGCCUCCUGGACGAUCUACGUGAACGUGGGGAAACAGGAUCACUGGAAGACUUCCAGGUCGUGCAGCAUGGACAUGCUCUACCAGUCACAGUUGACUCAAGGGAUGGUACCGUGUCAACCCUACGCAGGCUGGACCGAGAAGAGCUUUGCUGGGGAGCAGAAUUUUGUGAGCUGGCCUUCAGUGUUCUCUACAGAAAGGGUGGUGCUAUGCAUUUCCUCUCGGUUCGUGUGGAGGUGAUGGACCAAAACGACCACAGCCCAGUCUUUCCCAGUCUUGUGCAGGAGGUGGAGAUCUCUGAGACAGCCUCACUGAGAAUGCGGAUCCCUCUGGAACGGGCUGUAGAUCCAGAUGCGGGACCGAAUGGCCUGCAGACCUACUCCCUGUCUUCCAACCAGCACUUUGCUUUGGAUGUCCGUACUUCUGGAGGGACCAAGCAGGCUGAAUUAGUGGUCAUCAAAGAACUGGACAGGGAGUUGCAGCCGUCUUUAGAACUGGUUCUAACAGCCUGGGACAAAGGGAACCCGCCAAAAUCAGGCAGCACUAAAGUUAUAGUCACAAUUCUUGACUCCAACGACAAUAGCCCUGUAUUUGAGGAGGCCCCAGGAGUCAUUGAACUAGCCGAGGACACCACUCAUGGGACGAUUGUUGUUAAUCUCCGAGCUACAGACCCUGAUCAAGGUGCUAAUGGGGAAGUUGAGUACUCUCUUAGUAAACAUGUCCCACUGGAAGUGCAAAGACUAUUCAGUAUCCAUCCCAAAACGGGUGUUUUGACUUUGCAAGGCCCUUUAGAUUUUGAAGAAAGGAAUGUGUAUGAGGUAGACAUCCAAGCUCGAGAUCUUGGGCCAAAUCCAAUCCCGUCUCACCACAAGUUGCAAGUCAAAUUGCGAGAUGUUAAUGAUAAUGCUCCUCGCAUACAUAUAACAUGGGCUCCGCAAGAUUCCCCUGUUGCAACCGUCUCUGAAGGAGCACCAAAUGAAACUUUCAUUGCUCUUGUAAUGGUAUCUGAUGCCGAUUCCGGGGCGAACGGGCAGGUACAAGUGCACAUUCUCAGUGGAUCUGGCCCCUUCAGACUCAAACAGAUCCAUGGAGACAAUUACAUGGUUGUAACCAAUGAUACACUGGAUCGUGAGAGACAAAUGAAAUACAAUCUUGCUCUUCUAGCUCAGGACAAUGGUGAUCCUUCUCUAUCCUGUAUCAAGCACCUGACUGUCCAUGUUUUGGAUGAAAAUGAUAACGCACCACUGUUUACAAAAAGUCUCUACCAGAGUGUCCUCGAAGAGAACAACACACCUGAGCUCAGUUUCUUGACUGUGGAGGCACAUGAUGUUGACCUGGACCUUGGUGGAAAGGUAUCAUUUUCUAUUAGAGAAUCAAAUGAACUUGGGACACCAACAGCAUUUUUCUCAGUCCACCCUAGCAGUGGGGCUGUGACUGUCCAACAAUCAUUAGACUAUGAGGAAUCACGCUCCUUCUCAUUUAUUGUGGAGGCUGUAGAUCAAGGAUACCCACCAAUGACCAGUAGUGCAACAGUGCUGGUUGAGAUACAAGAUGUUAAUGACAAUUAUCCCAUAAUCCAUGAGCCACUACCCAAGAAGGGAAUUGCAUUGCUAAGCAUCCCAGUGAAUGUGGACAAAGGAGAGAUAGUGACUGAACUUGGAGUCAAAGCUCUGGAGGUCAAUUACUCUUCCCUCAACAAACCCGAAGGUUUUCUGGCUACCACCAUUCGUGCAAGUGAUCCAGAUUCUGGUCUCAAUGGAAGACUCAGUUUUAGAAUUACAGAUGACAACCCUUCUAACCUAUUCUUCCUGGACGAAACUACUGGGCAGCUCUAUGUGAACACAACCAAUGCAACAGAACUGAUUAACAGAACUUUUAAACUGGGCAUUGCAGUAUCUGAUAUGGGAACACCUAUGCUAACCACAAGAACCACUUUGGAGGUGACUUUCAUCAACGUCUGUGACCACCUAAAGAACUUGUCUCAUGAUAACCAAGCCCAGUACAGUUUAACACUGCUCUUGGCCAUCUGCCUUGGAUCAACCUGCCUGGUAUUAUUUGUAGCCAUCGCUUUGGCCAAAACAUUCUGUCAUUCUGACAAACGGGACAACCGUGCUUAUAAUUGUAGGCAAGCUGAGUCAUCCUACACCCGUCACCCACGACGGCCCCAGAAACACAUUCACAAGACUGACAUCCAGUUGGUACCAGUGCUUCGGGGUCGUAAAGAAACUCCACGAGAUGAGGCAUUGUCGUGUGCAUCACCUUUAAUGGAAAAUACACAUCCACAGCGUCAGUUUGCCCUUACACCAAAUCUUGCUCGCAUGGCUCAAAAUCAAGCUCAUAUAGAAAUGGAUGGGAACCCACCAUUCACUCAAAGCAAGAUACUCAGAAAACCUGGGAGCAUAGAGUGGAAUGGAACACUUCCAUACAACCCAGGAACAAUUUAUCGAACCCUGCAAAAAACAAGAAAUUAUUCCUCCUCAUCUUUUGCGAACUCACAGACCAGCACACUCAGACGAAACAAAAAUGAAGAAGUCAAGAUAACGACCAUGGACCCCUCAGAAACCUUAACUUCAGUUCCCAGUAAUCAGGCCACAUUACGGAGACCAAAGACCACAGAAAGAAGAGGAAAGAUGGAAGAGUCAGACCACAGGCAGAUCCUAAGAAACCUUGUUCGACUCUCUAUGGCAGCCUUUGGAGAGAACGGUUCUAUUGAACUGUCCUCUGCCUCACCGGAGGUGCAACAGGUGUCCCAGCUCCUAUCUCUGUUGCAUCAGGGGCAACUUCAGCCUCGACCAAAUUUUCGUGGCAACAAGUAUUCCCACAGAACUGGCCGGUCAGGGGCUCAGGAUGCUGAUUGGCUGAGCACUAAAGACAGUGGUCAUGGAGAGAGUGAAAUGGGUGACAUGGACUGGGACUCACCUGUGGACCCCUUAUAUGAAGAAGGCCUUAACAAUCUGCUUACUUCUGAUGAUGUGUUCUCAGACAUUCCCGAUCCGGCGUGGAUGGCUCGUCUUUCUCUUCCUCUGACGACUGACUACCAUGAAAACCUGUUUGUCCCGGAUGGGCCGCCCUCCCCUGAUGCCCACUGUCCCAUGGCUGGUCCUGAUGAUUCCACUUCCUUCUCUACGUUUGGUAAAGCCCCGGAGAAGACCAUGCUGGGGGGCAGAGCUCUGAUUUCUGAAGUGAGCUCUCUGUUCGAGAUGCUGCUGACACAGAAAGCCGAUGGCCAGUCGUGUCCACCUGCUGACGUGCUCUACAGACUUUCAGCGGCUUAUAGACGUUCGCUUGGCUUAGACACACCUGCAAACGGAGGUGCUGCCCACACACGCCAACAAGGGCAAACUCCCAUAAUGCAGUAUGCCAACCCUGUGCCAUAACAGCAAAGAAUGUUUGGUUUCCGGUGCCAAAUCAUACAAGCCUCAGGAACACUCAGAAUAACAAAACAUCAUUUUCUGGUCUGGCUGGAACAGGCUAUGCCCAUAAAAACUAACUUUUAUUUUUUUUUAGAAGACAAAACUUUAUAGUGCAUCAUAAGACUGGAAUUGUUUUUUAUUUGUUUUGAUAUAUCCUUUUGCAAGAAGGUGCAGUUCAUGUAGUGCAUAGCAGAAAUGAGUCUGUCUCCUCUUAAGGAGCUGUUUAUAUCCUCUGAAGCACAAACAAGUCUUUUCUCUCAGAAGAAACCCAGGAAGUCUUCUGCUAGUCAUCCACAAACAGCAGGGUUUCCUGACAGCGCCCUCUGCUGGCUAGUUCGGCUAUUACUUCAUGCCGGUUCUCUAAUGUAAAUAUUAAUUUGUAUAGUUACAGGACAUGUAAUAAUUCAGAUAAUUUAGAAGUCAACCUAACACUGUAUUUGCAAGACUUGUUCAUCGUUGGUAAGGACUGCAAAGCACUGAUGACAAAAUUCAGUAAUGCUCUGAAUAGAACAGUUUUACUUUUUCUGUUAAAGAUAUAAGUUAUUGAUAUCAAAGCAAAGAUGUAUAUAUAUAUCUACUUUUUACUCAAUGUCAUUUUGUAUGUGUAGUGUUGUUUUUGUAUUCAUAAUUGACACAAUGGUUACUUUUUGUAAACUUUAUAAGAAUAUAAACAAUUAAACUUACUGUACUGUAUUAUUAUUAUUAUUAAGUUUACAUUGAAAACAUAUUUUAACCCUUAAACGCCCAUUGAAAAUAAAUAAAUAAAUAAAUAAGACUAAGAAUACAUCAAAAUCACUAUGAUGCAGCUGGUCUGAUUACAGCAUGGUCAUGAUUCUUUGAGAAUAUUAAAGAUAAUUGUGUGCCCCAGUAAAGCCUGCUGCACAUGGAACAAUUUUUAGGAUAAACUUAUUUAAAUAUGAACAGUAUGAUAUAGAGCUCGUACUCAGGAGGAAAAAACACCUGCAUUUUAUCCAGAGGCCCAUACUGAGCAAAAAUAUGCAAUUUGGUGCAGAUGUUGCACAUUUGUAUAUGGCAACAAGGUAAAAAAAAAAAUUGAUAGCUUCACAUGCAAAUACAUUUUUAUUUCAGUUACCAGCUUUUUACUUGCUAUGAAAUUAUACACUUCAAUUAAUCAAUCGGACAACCAGAGGCAUGUAGUAGAUUGUGCAACAGGUUUUUCAGCGAAGUCUAAUCAUUUAGAAACCCAUAUGUAUUACACACGAUAGCACUCCAAAAAGUUGACUAAUAAUUUAACUAAAUUAGUUUUACUAAUAGACUAAAAAUAUUCAAAACGCAAUUUUUUUUCUUCUGCCAAUGUGGAUAUAUCUAUAUGUAUUUUAAAGUUGCAUUCUAAAAUCUGAGGCAUUAUGUUUGAACAGGCUUUAGGCCGGUAGAACUCAAUGCUAGUAAUGAUAAUAGUGAUAAAAUUUCCCAAGUCAACAGUGGGGGGGAUGAUGGACUCCCCUGGUUCUCCCUAAAUGUCAUCACCCUAACACCUCCUGAAACU